UCUAUCGAGGAUAGGACUGAGCGAGGAAAACGAUGAUCUAUAACGGGSUUGGAGUCGCAGAGGAUGAUAAACGUGGGAAAAGGAAAUUUGAAUCAGAAAAUAAUAACUGUGUCAACGACGACAACGACAGCGGCAGCGGCGUGAACCACGCCAACAACUCCGAUGACUCCAACGAUGAAUUCGAAUACGUCUUGAUCGUCCCAAAAAAACUUACAAAGCACGCACAGAAUGUAAUAUACGCGAGAAUGGCCACACCGCUUCGCUACCACCUCGAGGGAAGGUUUGGUAGCAGGACCCACCGGAUCGACGAAGCGCGCAUGGGGUUGCCCCUAACCUCGCUGGCGACGCUGGCUGAUUCGAAGGCGCACAUAGAGAAGCUAGCGUCACAAUACAAGGAUCUGAGGGAGCUUAUCAGUAGUGAAGGGGUGGAAUUUGCCUACAACCCGUAUUGCGUGCCCGCCUCCCACAGAGCUCGACCACCUCCCUAUGUGGACGCACGGAUUCAUCCGGAACGAGAACCGGAAGAUGAAAGGGGCGGAAACGCAUUUUGGAAGAAAUUCGUUGCUGCUUCGACUACGGUUCGGCCCGAAACUCUCGUGGUAGGAACGACAACGCCUGCGGUUCCAAUCAAUACCGACGGCUUCGGCACAAAAAUGGCAACAACAAUUCACCGGACGACAAGUCGUCAUCUUUCGUUGCGAAAAAGUAGCCGCAACCUCUUCACGUACGCCGAACUCUUUGCAGGUAAGAAACCUCCCAAAAUUCCAAAUGUUCAAUCCGAUCACAUCCGAUCAGAGAUUGCCCGAAAAACAAAGAAAUAGUGAGAACGAUCCUUACACAUUCUAUCAUUUCUUGAACUGAAUAAUUUUAUUCACAGGAAUGGGUGGAUUUGGCGUCGCCUUGGAUGCCCUAGGUGGUAAGUGUGUUUUUGCCAGUGAACUCGAAGGUAAGUAACGUAAUAUUUUGUUCGUUUGUUUCUCGAUACGACCAUGGCCAUGGUAUCUGGAUCUACUAUUGAUUCAUUCUGGUUCACGAACUCAAUAUUUAGAACGAAUCACCCAUACUACGUACUGAUACUCCAAUAACAAAAAACUUCAGAACAUUUGAGGGAACUCUAUCACCACAAUUUUGUUACCCUUUCGAAUCAAUUUGAAAAAAGGGAUGGCGGAGAAGAAAUGAAGUCGUCGUUAUCUGAUACCAGUAAUGAUAUUCCUAUUCACGGUGAUAUAUACCAAGUGCCAGAUGCUUCCUUACCUCCCAGUCCGUCCCCGGAUACUGGAUGUCCCUCGUUAGACCUAUUGGUCGGAGGCUUCCCCUGCCAACCAUUUUCSGCGCUCGGACAGCAGCCGGGGCUAGAUUGUCCCAAAGGCAAUCUAUUUUUAGAGAUUGUCCGUGUGCUUCGAGUGUCCAAACCCARGGCAUUCUUACUUGAAAAUGUACCCGGACUCUUAGGGAUGGAGGACACCUUCAAAACCAUUGUGACUGCUCUUGAAGACGAGGGCUACGACUUAACGUGGGAGGUGUGUUCGGCAAGGGGAUUGACAGUCACCGGGAGGAAAAGAUUGUUUUUGGUAGGUCUGCGGCGUGGGGAAGAAGAAACAAGCAAUGGCGAAGAUUCGUUAGGAAGCAAAAACGAAGGKGAAAAAGAGCAACGGCGACGUAGCUUUGAAUUUCCCUUUGUUCCCGAUCUCGAUCUAACUUUUGAGGAUAUUUUGGACUAUGACAAUUUGCCACCCGAGGAACUAGAGAUUUUGCGGUUGAGCGAUACCACUUUUCAACAGCUCCUAAGUAACAAACGAUGGAGACCAAGCCGACUCGCAUGGCCAAAUGUCAAAGGCGACACUCUAACAAGCCACUAUGGAAAUUCCGUUGGACGGGGCGAAUCGCAGCUUGUUCCGUGCUGUGCCCCCUACCCACCCCGGCGUUUCUCGGUACGGGARAUGGCGAGGGUGAUGGGAUUUCCCAACAGCUACGAGUUUUUGCCCCCAAGGAAAGAGAAGCAAAGUCCGAUGGCGUAUCGGAAAGAGGCAAGUACCRCAUCUGCCCUAUGAAAGUGCCCACCAACCCUUGAUGGCUUUUAUACGUUGCGUCGCGUCGCGUCGCGUUGCAUUGUAUUCUAUUCUAUUCUACUUUUCAUUCUAUUCGAUCCUUUGUUGAACGAACUAACAGCGAAUCUAUUCUUUUGUUUCCCGCAGCAAUAUCGAGCGAUUGGGAAUGCUGUGUGCCCUCCAUUGAUAGCGGCAUUAGCUGGUGCUGUUUUGGAUCGAUGUCCAAACCUAGCCACAGAAAGUCGCGACUGGGUCCGCGAUGGUCGAGAAGUAGCUGUACGAUUGGCGAUGGCGGCAACUCGGCCAAGACCCGUUGAUUUGCCCCGCGGUUGCUUGACACCCAAAGACAUGUUGACAGAARAACGGUGAAUUUCAAUACGAGAUGCGGAUAGAUUGAUCUCCUCUAUUGUAUUCAUGGUGGAAGAAUUCUGACAGAUCUUGUUGAAAUGAUGAUCACGAUUUUUYMRKUUUUUAUUCAAUAUUUUGACUUUGCAUAACAAUGUUUCUCUUGAACUACAGCAUUGCAUUUCAGAUAUGCCUAGCUGCCAAAAACCAAGUGUGUAUGAAACCUCCAAGAGAAGUUUCAACACAYCAAACAAAAGAGAGAUGCAAAAAUGAUUUUCUGAUUUGGCAUUGAUGUCCAUCUACAGCAGAAGUAGAUUGGGAUAAUGCAACAUGGGAAUUGAUCACAGRUUUCUGGACCUCAGAAGAUUUGAAGUCUCCACUUAUUGUUUCAAGGUGACAACAUGCACAGGAUUGAUUGGACAGGAAACAAUUCYGUUCAAUGUGCCCAAAAAAUACAGUGAGAAAUUAUGUAGUCAAUUUAAAKUUCAAAUUUAAAGAAGAAAUUCCUUCACUACCAAUAGAGUUUAUGGGUAAUA